AUGGUGACUCUUCCAUUUGCUUUAGUCUCAGGGGACUUCAGCAAACGUGUGUACCAGGGCGUGAGAGUGAAGCACACCGUCAAAGAUCUCCUGGCAGAAAAGCGAUCCAGGCAGACAAGUAGCUCCAGACUCGGUGGCAGCGUCAGCUCCUCCCAGCCUCCGUUCGUCCAGAUGCCAGGCUCACCGGUCAUGUCGGGUUACUACGGGGUCAGGAGAUCUUUCCUGUCUGAUUCCGACUUCCAUAGCAGCAAGCAGUUCUCAAAUGACCUCUACCCCUCCAGCGUGGCUAAGCCCUUUGCCUGUGAGUCCUCAGCUGGGCAGAGUCACACGGGCCUGCUGGAGUCCUACCUGGCAGAGCCCUAUGGAGAAUACCGCUCACCGGCACUGACCUCCACACCGAAUUCCCUGUUCAGCACCUCGACCCUGCCGCCCCUCCUGCCACCUCCGUUCCCCAGCGAUCCAGCUCACUUUGUGUUUAGAGACUCCUGGGAACAGACAGUGCCGGAUGGACUCAGCCAGCCAGACCCUGUGCCUGCCGAUACCCUGCAAACCCUGCCACCCAGCACCAGUUGCCUCUCCCAGCUGGAGUCAGGAAGCAGCACCCAACACAGGAGCAUGGGAUGGGGUGCAUCCCUUGCUGGGGCUCAGCCCUACUCGCUGCAUGCACUGGAAGAGCUGCACCACACACCAGGGUACCCCACCCCAUCUUCAUACCCCUUCACUUCUUUCAUGACGGUGUCAAAUGACCUCCCACCCAAGGUGCUGCCCCUCUCCCCAGAGGAGGGGUCAGACACCUCUUCCCUUCAUGACCCUUCACCUUGGACAAAAGAAGAUGGCGGCAUGGCCUGGGGCUCUUACGAGUGCCGGAGAGCUUACUGA